AUUGACCACUGGACCAAGACAAAUGAUUUUGGCAAAAAGUCAACAAUCUUGGAUCCACCGCUACAGCUAGUGAAUUUUGAUGUACUUUAAAGCAACAAAAUUGGUGAAGUAGAAGCCGAGAUCCUUUGCCUCAAAGGACAGGGGCCGAAGUCCUGGCACAGAUAAUCAGUAUUCAUAUAACAAAAAUUGGUUGCUUACUUGAUUAAAGUCGCUUGAUUUGCUUACCUGAUUACUACAUAUAUAGGGGGAGUUUCUCUCUGGGUCUGCAGUGGCCCAGUUUGAUAUCUACACCAAAGAAAAUGUCGAUUGGCGUCAAUGCGGAAAACUGCCAGCAACUGAAUAAUGCCAUAAUAUGAAACCAUCCACGCUUGAUGAGGGAUAAAUAAAUUGUUAACCUUUUGUUGGUUCUGCACAGUUAGAAAGUUGAGCUGCCGAUCUCUUGGACAUAUUGCGGACAACAGUUUUAAAUUGCAAUUUGUGGUAAAAUGAAGCGAAUAAAUCCGUGUUUCUUAAGUCUUUUAUCGACAAUCGUUGGAUAUUUCCUAUUAAUUAUUUCCAUAAAGGGAGCGCUUUCCUUGAAAUGCUACUCUUGUGGAAACAUUAUGAAUGACGCACAACGAAUUACGCUUUCAUGCCAUAAUUCUUCGAUAAAGGGAACUCCCGAGCGCCCUGCAUCUGAACUUAUACAGGUCGACUGCAAAACCAACUGCGCGGAUCAGGCGCGCGGAUGGCCAUCCGACAAGUACAGUCGUUCUUGGAUUUACAGAGGCUGCCAGGAUGAUGUAGUCGACGGCAAAACUUUAGUGGGCGAAGCGGUUGGAUGUCACCGAUCGCAGGAAUGUUUUGGACCGUGCGACAGGGUGUACUGCAUAUGCAAUACACCGUUAUGUAACACAAGAAAACUGGACGAGGUCGUGCUUUCAGUAGCUGGUCAACCGUCAAAUUUCAUGCCGAUACCGCCCCUUGUCCUCGGCAGUUAUGUUUUCUUCUUGCUUAUCACUUUCUCUUAAGUUUCGGAUGCCCUAUUGCUGUACGUGUUAUUGUGACGAGUCUGAUGGUCUCAGAUGAGCUCACCAUAUCUGUGCAACCUCUAGUUUGAAUAUUGAUUUUUGAUCUCCAUAAAUGUGCUCUUUAUUUAGUUGUCCUCCUGUCAGCAUUUUUUUAAUUAUUAGCCUUCAGAUAAAUUAUUAGUUAUUG